AUGAGAGGCAUUCAAACCUUGGCGGGCCUUCUCAUUUCCGGUUUAACCCUUUUAUUCUUUACAAACGUUGAAGCGAAAUCGGCUACCGGUGACCGUGUGCUAGUUUUAUUGGAUUCUCUAUCUGACAAAGAUACAUAUGCUCGUUUUUGGCAGCAGUUAGAAGUCUUUAAAUCUGCCGAUGAUCCUUCAACAAGUCUUCAGUAUUUCGGUCAAACUUUAUACCAUCAUAUUAUUCACUUCGCUCCCAAAUCUCCAAGAUUAACUCAGCAUCCUGGAUUAAAUAAUGUACAGCUCGUAGAUUUUGUAAAUAAGGGCGGCAAUGUUCUUGUUGCUACUGGCAUUGAUGCUAACGAUAAUAUUCGUGCUCUUGCCUCAGAAUUUGAUAUUGAUUUGGAUACUGAAACUGUAUAUAGCCACAACCAUUAUGACAGCGACCAUGAUAGAAUAGUUACCACGAAGUUUAUCGCACCCGAAACUAUCAUCGAUUCCCAAAAAGUGAAAGCGCCUGUUCUCUAUACUGGCACUGCUCUAUCAGUGGGCCGUCUUCCCCUCUCUACUGCCAUUUUAGCCGCCGAAUCCGACGCCUUUAUUUCCGAUAAUUAUAAUAUGCGUGCUAGAGCUACUGAUGAUGUUACAUUAGUGGGAGCAAUGCAAACCCGAAAUUCUGCUCGUGUGGCAUUUGUCGGAUCCCUCGACCUUUUCUCCGAUAAAUACUUCGAUGCUUCUGUCAAAGAAUUUGAUUGUUUAUCCUUUUACAGUUAUCAUGAAUCUGGUAACAAAGACUUUGUUGAACAGCUUACAAAAUGGGUAUUUCAAGAAAAGAGCGUUUUGAAAGUUGAAAAUCAGUCACAUCAUAGACAAAAUGACACGGAACAACGUGAUUGGUAUCGUAUUAAGGAUGAUAUUAUUUAUGAUGUAGAUAUUGUUGAGUACAGGGACGACCAUUGGGUACCUUAUACAGCCAAUGAUGUCCAAUUAGAGUUAAUUAUGUUGGAUCCAUAUAUCCGCACCACACUCAAGCAGGUCGAUGUUAAGGAAGUUGGCCGAUUCGAGGCCAACAUUCGUCUUCCUGAUGUAUAUGGCGUAUUCACGUUGAAGGUUAAUUACAAACGUCCUGGGUUGACAUAUAUACUAGCUGAGGAUCAAAUUUCUAUUCGACCUUUCAGACAUAACGAGUACCCUCGUUACUUAACUGCAGCAUACCCUUAUUACGCUGGUACAGGUUCAAUGAUGGUUGGGUUUAUUAUAUUUAGCGCCAUUUGGUUAGCCACAUGGGGCGCUCGUAUUGAUAAGAGUAAAAGUAAAAAGGCAGAGCACAAAGCCAAAGUCAAUUGA